GCGCCGUUUUUCGUGUUGGCGUCAUGUGGGCAAUCAUUGGCUGUGCGGCCCUGGUGCUGCAACUGGUGUCGGGACAGCACGAGCACAGAUUCUUCAAGUUCCCCGUCAAACCCGGUCACAACGGUCAAUGUCACGACCCUCGGGUAGACAAAUAUUAUGACGUUGGCGAGGUCUGGGGUCCUAAGAAUUCCAACUGCAAACAGAGCCGCUGUGUGGAAGAGAAGGGGGUGCUCUACAUCGACAGAAUGUCGUGCGACCGCAUCCUAGACAACGUCGACUUUGACAAGAUGAAGCGGGAGCACCUGAGCUGCCGUCAAGCGAUCGGCGAUCGGCGGGAGCCGUUCCCCGGCUGCUGCCCCCAGCUGGUCUGCUACGAGUACAUCAACGGCAAGAAGAAGAGGAUCCCCAAGGAGCGGCUACCGCUGAUCAAGCCCAUCAUACGCGAUCAUUUCGUCUACGCCAGGCAGUAGACCAACCAGCGCGCGGAACUUAUGUGAUUUGUGAUGAAUUGUGAGAUAUGUACAUACUAGUGUUUCGUUUAAUCGUGAGCAGCUUGGCAAUAAACUCAGUGCCCGCUUCGUAUAAGGGUUGAUCCAA